AUGGCUCAUCCCAAACCGAUUCCGACUUCGUCAACCACAGUCUACCAAAUCCCUUAUCUUCCGCCCAGUCCAUUCAUGCUCCGGUUAGUAGGAAAGUCCAACUACAAUUUGUGGCUUACGAGUAUCAAACCGUUCCUCUUCUGUCAUCCGGCUACCACAGGCCUCAUUCUUGGAGGAUGGCCAGAACCGGUUGUUGAAAGCCGCAUCCCAGUACAAGGAACUCGAGGCAAGGUCAGGCAUGGAAAACCCAUACGCGGUGCUUUCAACUACCAUGUUCCAUCGAGUAGAACCGUAAGCUCAAGAGCUCAUAUUGACAAUUGGAAUCAUGCGAACCGUCGCGUCUGUCAAUUCAUCCGAGGCACUCUAGGGCCCAGUGUGCUGUCAUUUGUUAGUCACCAUUAUAAUGCCAGAGCACUCUGGUUGUAUCUCGAUUGGCUUUAUGGCGAGAGUAGUGGGAUUGACACCUUGGUUGGAGCGCCAAUUCCAGUGUGGACAGAAGAAGAAGAAGAAGAAAGUGAACAGGUGCGUACUAUGACAAUGGGAGUUGCAGGCAUGCAUAAUUCAAGGAUUAUGAGCAAGGAUGAAAACAACAACCCCGAGGAAGAAGAAUUGAAGAAGGAUGACAUUGGCAUCGACAACAAUCGACCGGUUACUUCAUCCUCACAAUCACACAACGAUGGAUAUUUCAGCAGUAGCAAAACACGCCUCCCUAGAAGACUUCACCAAGAACAAUCAUCAACCCCAGAAUCCACCACCACCACCACUACAAACACAGGGAAAUUGGGAAAAACUCCACUCACCACUCCGACAACACCACGACUCCUUUUCCCCGCCACCAUCUCCGCCAUCGAAGUCCACCGCAAGCCUGUUUCCGGACUAGUCCAUCAAAACAUCCACCUCACGCCCACGAGUAGUCAACACAAAAACCAUUUGACUGAACCCGGACUCGACGGUGCCCAAACCUUAGCUUUACUUCCAAACCCCAGCGACCGUCAACCACUCUCGCCACAGUCACAGCCUCGGCUGCAGACAUCAUGGGACCACCGCAAUUUAGACACCAUAGACGAAGAGCCCGAUACGUUCACUAGACCCGAAGUGAGCAAGAAGAGGUUUGGUAUUAUCGCGGCUCGUACCGCCAAAGGGUCUGGAUUGAGAAGAAGAUCCACAACAGAAGCAUUAGGAGAAUCAGGAGGAGAAUCAGGAGGAAGAGGAGGAGGGGGUAUUUCCGACCGUUGCAGACCCGAUAGUGCCAAGACUUCAUCUGCCCCAGAUCACUACCCACACCCACACUCAUACCCCGUCGAGUGGGGCCAAGAUCCAGGUGACAGUCAAAGUCACGAUAUAUCCGUGGCAAGUAUUCGUAGUGAAAAACGCAAGGCCCUUCUCUAUGGCACUGGUGACCUCAUCAAAGAGAAACUUAGGGACCUUGGAUUUGGGAAUGCUUUCGGUCUGGGUCUUGGUCCUGGUCUUGGUCUAGGUCAGUUGGAUGGGCUUUUGCGUUUGGAAGAGCAUGCAAAACAAGGCGAGGUAAAAAUGUACACUACCUAG